CAUUUCAUUUUCAGAGCUCCGUGAUGCAUCACCAGAGAAAUGAACUGUCCUUUUCUUCUCAUCUAAAAUCUCUGGGCGGGAUUUUUUUCCUUCUCCUACAAACCCAAGUUUGUACAGGUCAGCCGGUAGUAGCAACUAUUGGUGAUGAUGUGAUCCUGCCAUGUCUCCUGGAGCCUGCAGAAGAUGUCUCUGGCUUUACGCUGGUGUGGUCCAGACCUGAUCUGGACCCCAGAUUUGUUCAUGUGCAGCGCAGUGGUCAGGAACUUGUGGACAAAAAGCAUAAACUGUUUGAGGGAAGAACUUCGAUGUUUAUUGAUGAGCAGAAACACGGAAACGUUUCCCUGAAACUCUCCAAAGUGAGAAUAUCCGAUGAGGGAACGUACAAAUGUUUUAUUCCCGAGCUGAGUAAGCAGUCGUUUGUCCAACUAAUUGUUGCAUCAGAUGUCGCCUCCUCACCUGUUAUCAGUGUAGCUGGAAUCGACAGAGACAGCAGAGGACUGGUGUUCCUGUGCGAGUCUGCAGGCUGGUAUCCGAAACCCGAGGUGUUCUGGCUGGACGGCGAGGGAAACCUGCUCUCUGGAUCUACAGAGAUAAACCAAGGUCCUGAUGGUCUGUACACCGUCACCAGCACAGUGACUGUGGAGAAGAGAAGCAACUUCACCUGCAGAGUCACACAGGAAAAUAUCAACCGUCCCAGAGAGAGACACGUACAUGUUCCAGAUGACUUCUUCAGGGUCUCAACCAGUUCAGCUGUUCCCAUCAUCACUGGUUUGGCCGUCACUUUGGCUGUUUGCCUCCUGUUUGUUUUAGCAGGAGGCGUUUUUAUGUGGAGACGGAGACAAAAUAUCACCAAAGGCAAUGAAGCAGUAAGAAAGAACCAGACUGAGAUGGCAAAAUGUGUCCAAGAGGAAGAAAAUCUCAUUAAUAAUCCGUCUGACUCAAAGGAGGAGACAUUCAGCUCGGUGAAGAAAGAGCUGCAGAGGACCAAAGAUGAGCUGGAGAAGAAGUCAGCAAUGAUCACAGACCUUCAGACAAAACUGCAAACAUCUGAGAUGAUAAAAGAAGAGCUGCAGAGGGCCCAAGAUGAGCUGGAGAAGAAGUCAGCAAUGAUCACAGACCGUCAGACAAAAGUAUCCACACCGUCUCUAACAGUACAGCCGUCUGAGCAAACGGGUUUAUGUUUGUUAAAAACCUGA